GCAAGCUCAGUCCUAGCUAGCUAGAGGAGGAGGAGAGGACAUGGCAGCACUCGUCACCCCAGCUGCGUCCUUGGUGUCCGAGCUGAUGGUGCAGGGCCGGCAGUCCGCCGCCGUCCUCGAGGCCCUGCUCCAGGACGCGCCCCCCACGGAGCACGCCGGGAUCCGGGAGCUUGCCGCCGAGAUCCUCCGCUGCUGCGACCGCGCGCUCGCCGCGCUCCACCACGGCGGCGUGGCCGACGGCGGUGACAGCGGCAGGAAGCGCAAGUCGGGCGCAGCCGCGCAGACGAGGCGGGACAAGAGGGCGCGCGCGAGCGGCGGAGAGGCGGCGGCGGCGGCGAAGAGAGUCGAGAAGAAGAGGACGGCGGAGGACGGCUUCAUCUGGAGGAAGUACGGGCAGAAGGAGAUCCUCAACAGCAAGCACCCGAGGCUCUACUUCAGGUGCACCUACAAGGACGACAGCGGCUGCCCGGCCACCCGGCAGGUCCAGAUGUCGGAGGACGACCCCUCGCUCUUCGUCAUCACCUACUUCGGCCACCACACCUGCUGCGCCGACGUCGCCGCCGCCGCCGGCGCAGCCUCCGACGAGGUCAGUGACAUCGGGGAGACGCGUCCGUUCGUCAUCAACUUCGGCUCCUCGUCCUCGGACGAUUACUGCGUUGGCCAGAGCGAGGCCUCAUCACGCUCGUCUUCGCGGAACGGGUGCAAGCUGGAGGGAGGAAACGGGGAGGAGGAGCUCCGACCCAUGGCGGCCAAGGUUGAGGCAGCGUCACCAGACUUGCAGCCCGCGGCGGAGCCGUGCUCGUCCGGCGACGCUUCGUGUGCCUCCCUUCCAUGGGACUGGGAUAUCUUCAACGACACCUCGUUCGAUGAUGUUAGCGAUUUUUUUCCAUUUUGAUGGCACUGCUUUGUACCAAUAGGAGGGUUUAUUUUCUUGUCUGUGAUAGGUGUGGCAGGCAGAUAUAAUUUUGUGAUGGACGUGUUUCUAUAUUU